GUGGAUAUUAUAUUCUAGGAUAUCCUCGGCAUUGGCAUGGCUUGUCUCUCUUUCUGAGCUGUGAAGUCUCUCUCUUUGAUGUUCUAGAUAAAGAUGGAGGCAGAUACUCAGAACCCAUCUCAAAGUUACAGAUUCUGUGUGGAUGGAGUGCAUGAGACCAACAUUAUUGAAUGGAACAAGAAAAGAAAAUUACAGAGUGAUCAAUUGGAUUUGCUUAGACCAAAGCAUAAAUGCUGGGAUGGGAAUCCCUCUUCCGAACAUGCUUUAAUAUUCGACGAAAAUCCAGCGUUAGAUAGCAUGCAGAUUUAUGUACUUGAGGGUAGAACAGACGCAGAAAGCUCAGAAUCUGAAUCUGAAUCUGUGAAAGACAGCAAUAGUGUCUCUCAAGAUUCUUUUACUGCCAUGUCUGUAAAUCAAGAUGGUAAACAUGUCGCUGAUUCUGCAAAGACAUACCAAUAUGAGAGACCUUCCACUUCUUUGGUUGGUUGUGAUGGCUAUAACAAUGUCAAGGAUAAUCACCACUCUUUAGAUGAAUCUGCAGUUGAUAAGGAAUGUUCAGGUGAAGCACACACAUCUUUUUACAAAGAAUGUAAUCCAUCUUAUCAUUAUGCUGAUUUACAAGCUCUCAAGAAUCUUGAGGAGCAGAUUUUAGAAAUUGAAAGCCGUAGAAGUCACGUGUACCAAGAAAAUGCCAAAGAAAGUACUGAGGAGUCCAUAGAUAUGGAAUUUGAAGAACGUUUUUCCCAAGGGGAAAAUAGUAACAUGUAUGUCCUUUCAUCUGGAAGAUGGAAUUUAAACAAAGAGGCUCAAUCAAGCACAAGGCCACCAACAAUUGAUCAAGAAUUUGAGCAGUACUUUUCCAUGCUUAUGCUUUAGGAGAGACUACUUACAAAGGAGAUACAUGCAUAUAUUUUUUAAAGAGUUAAAUGGCUAUGCAUUGGUGGUGUAAAAUACUUUUACCGUGUUAAGCAACCACAAUUCACUACUGAUAUGAUCUACUUAUUUAUUGUAUAAGAGUCAGUUUGGGUAAAAUUCUCCAAAAUUACUUCGAAGAGAGAAAAAUAGAAGGAAAAAAUGAAAUAAAUUUUUUAUAAACUAAUAUGUAGAAGUUUUGUUUUAUUACCUUCUCUAAAAUCUUAUUUCUAUCUCAUGUAUAACUUAGUUUUAACUUAUGAAUUAGUUUAUUUUAAUUUUUCUCUCCUAAAAGUAUUUUUGGAGAAAUUUAUCCAAAUAGUUCUUAAGUCAGCAAAUCCAACAUAGAUGGUAGUUUAUAAUUGAAUAACUGUGUAAAACUACUGUUGGUGCAUAGCCUAUUUUCUGUUUUUUAAAGUAACUACCUAUAUCCAUUGCUUGUUUGAAGGUUUCCUGAACUUCUUGUUCUGAUGACUUUUUAACAACUGUGUAAUGUUGUUAUUUAUAGUUUUUGUUGUUCUUUUUGUUUA